UCCAAUCGCAAAUCUUCAGGGAUUGGGGCGUCUUCUACACACGUCGCCAUCAGAAUCGCAUGGCCUUGGAGAGUUUCGGUAAAGCGGUGACCGUCUGCAAGGACCAGCGUCUACAUCCCGGUCGUCUAACCUGCCCCAUGGCAUCCAAUGCCGCCAACUCCCGCCGUGGCAGCUGUUUGGAUGACGGCUUGGCCGAUAUGGGAAUCUGUCGUGACGACUACAAGUCCCUAUUCCUUCGCGGUCGCUGCCAUCGUACGAUGGCUCGUCCGGAUCUUGCUCUCCUCGAUAUCCAAAGAGCCCAGCAAGCCCUGGAGAUGAUGCUCAGCCAUCGGAAAAAGUCGAAUUCUAAUGUUCCUCGAUCAGCCGCUAUCGUUGCCGAGAAGUGCGAUGACCUCUUCGACGCCAACGAAUUCGAGAAAACCCUAACCACAGCCUACAUGGAGGGCCGACCCUUUGGCCACUCCAGAUUCCAACUGAUCAAGCAUCGGACCCUCUCCGUUCUCGAAGACACCCUGGGCGAAUCAUUGCGACCUUUCAUGCAACAACACAUAGGAGUCUUCGAGGAGGUAAGCCGGCGGGAGAAGGAACUGGACGUCUCCGAAACCCGCCCACUGUGGAAAACCCUAAGAGACCGGCAGCACUGCGAUGUACAGAGUGUCCUCGACAAGGAGACAGUACAGUGGACACCAUUGCAAAAGGCUCGCCAACAGGCGAGUGAAAGACUGUACAGCUAUAACUACAUGGGUCGCAGUGCCAUCGACGUGGCCCUUCUCCGGCAACUGCGCAGCGACAGCAACUUCCUGGACCCAUUGAGGAUUGCCACCACGCCCACCAUGCGCCAGAUGGGCGAGGAGCAGUACUCCAUUGUCAGGCGGUUCAUGAAAAUGAUGCAAGCCCGUAAUCCGCUGUACAACCGGCGGCAUGUAAGGCAGCGUCACGGGAGGAUUGAUGAGCAAGAGCUGCGUCGGCGCAGGGAGGUGCACCUGUUCCACACCCAGCACCAGAUACGACGCGACUGCCUGAGGAUGUUGCACGAGGUGCACAGGCGAAGGCGAGAGGGAAAUGUGGAGAAGCUAUCGGACUAUGUAGAGUCCAUAAUGUCGGGAUUCAUAGAGUUAAAGAACCAUCGAGCUCUGCCCUGGAAAUGGGAACUCCUCAACGACAUCUACAACACCGUGGCCAUGGCCUACUGCGAUCGCUGCGCUGUCCCUGCCAAUGUUAACUUUCUGGAGGCCAAGAAUCGACCUACUCUAUAUCUACUGCAGCCGGAGAAGGUGCGCGACAUAAACAUUAGCUUUGGUGGGCCUAAUAUCUAUCUGGAAAUCGAAAGGGAAGAGGAGCGGCACAGUCGUAUCAACCAGAAGCUGGAGCACCUGGAGGCACGACUGCGCCACUCCCGCUAUCCCAUCGAACGUUCCUAUUUGUUCUUCGAGAUCGCCCGCUGCCAUUUCAAGGAGUCGCGUUUCGACAAGUGCUUGGUCGUAACCCGCAAGUCCUUCAAAGAGGCACGCAGCUGCAACUGCCUGAUUUGGAUGUUCAACAGCAUUUUCCUAGGCUGCCAAGUUUAUGCCGUGCUAAACAGAUGCGAGCAGCUGAAGGAGUCCCUGGCCAAGGCUUACCGCUUGGCCACUGAACUGAAGGCUCCCAAACUGGUGGCCUAUACAGAGUUGUGCAUCAAUGUCAACGCCUACGAUCUGAGCAUGCGGCAAGUUCGACACUCGGAUAUAUCACUAAGAAAACCCCGAAAACGAAGUCCCAACGGCUUGAGUACUCAGGCAUCAGUUAUUAGUCUAGCUUCCAAGUAUUAGUUACUAUAAACUGUUGCCCUAAGGUCUUAAUUACUAAUCAUUUUAACCAUGAUAUAGUAUAGAUCUUAAAGCAACUAGUUUAAAGUAUAGCUACUGGUUUUUACCAUUUGAUUUGUAAAUAAAUUUUUGUGGUUAACAAA